AUGGCUGAUACAAACGAAGGGCCUGUAUUUAGAGCGUCAAAGCGAAGAAAGGUGUUUCGAAAGAGACGCGAUGACGACGAGACAUCCGACGGCGACGUAGCGACACCGACCGGUUCAGAGACAGUGGCGGACAGCAAGCAAUAUCUAGAGGUCGAGGCAGGGACAAGAGAAGGCAGUGUGUUCUUGAGCCACGUCAGACCGCUGAGCUCAAGGAAAGGCGGCGUAGCUUUUUCGUCAAGCCGAAAUACCAAUGACAGCGGUAGCAACAGCGUCGUGGACACGAAUGCGCCGCCUACACCAUUGAACGCCGUCGAGCAUGCUCAGGCUCGUUUCGUUGCUCCUACAGGGCACAUCGCUUCGGCAGACGACAAGCAUAUGUGCGUCGCUCUCCUGUUCCUCCGAUUUGACAAGUUGCAGAAAAGGCUGACAGUCCAAGGNAUGGCCUAUGUAGACUCCAAACUGGCCCGCUUGACUCCAUCACAUGAAGCCGCAACACAACCAUCCACACUAGCAGAAUCCACUACUACCUCAGGUGCAAUAGCACAGCAGCAUGUCAACCAAUCCUCAGCUUCCCACGGCCACCUCCACCAAGUCGACGUCCCCAAGCCCGUACCAACAGCAACCACAACCCGCUCUCAAAAGCCACCUCGCAAACCACACUGGCGCAAUCGCCGCAACAGCGCAGAUCUAGCCCGCGACGCAAUGGUUGAUAAGAUUCUCGCCGAAUCCCAGCUAAACAUCUACGAACCCUCUGCCUCUGCCACCCACUCCAAAGCCCCUGCCGACGACACCCAAGACGCCGACGAACGCAUGGCCGAAGAGUUCAAGAGGAACUUUUAUGCUGCUGCUGAAGAGAGGGCGGUCAGGAGAACUGCUGCUCCACCUCCACCUACCUUUGGCGCAAACAAAUUGGAGAGUAUCAAGGGCCCUAAGUUGGGCGGGAGUAGGAGUCAGAGGGCUGCUAUGCAUGCGGCUGAAAAGGCAAAGACGGCCAAGAAGUAA